CUGAGGGUCAUUAAUUUACCAUUUUGUCACUGUUCCCAACUCCUCCUCCUCUCACCAAACCCGAAGCUCUCUUCUUCUUCUUCGCAAACUGCAAAGUUAUUAACUCUGAGAAACCGAAACCCAACAACCCCUUUUGCCAUUUCCUGCAAAAUCCGUUUCUCUUCUUCGAUUCGCGCGUCAAUGGCUUCACCCUCCGUCACAGACACCGAAACGAAGCCGUUUUCCGUUCUCUUCGUGUGCCUCGGCAACAUCUGCAGAAGCCCCGCUGCCGAAGGAGUCUUCACUGACUUAGUCAACGAAAGUGGCCUCAAUUCGAAGUUCAAAAUCGAUUCCGCUGGCACCAUCAAUUACCACGAGGGAAAUGAAGCGGAUCCGAGAAUGAGGGCAGCUUCAAAGAGGCGUGGGAUUCUGAUAACUUCUAUUUCGAGGCCAAUCAAGCCCUCUGAUUUCGUUGACUUUGACCUCAUUCUUGCGAUGGACAAACAGAACAAAGAGGACAUAUUGGAGGCCUUUAAUAGGUGGAAAGGUAGACAUUCUCUACCGGAUGAUUCACAUAAAAAGGUUAAGUUGAUGUGCUCGUAUUGUAAGAAGCAUGAUGAAAGUGAAGUCCCGGAUCCUUAUUAUGGUGGACAUCAAGGGUUUGAGAAGGUGUUGGAUUUGCUUGAAGAUGCUUGCGGAUCAUUACUGGAAACCAUUUUGGCAGAAAACAAACAUGUACAAGAAUCCUAAUACCUUUAUUAAUAGCCAAAACAUCCAAUCCUGUGGUGAAGUCAUAAAAUCAUUGGUUUUCAUAGAUGUCGAAGUACCUUCAUGUUUCGGUGGUACACUACACUGAACCCACGAUAUAUAUGUAUAUGGAAUUUCGAAACUUCUUGCCAUGCUUAUCUUACAAUUGGAGUCAUAAGUUCGGCCCUAA